AUGCUGCCCCAAAGACGACUAAGAGCCUGCACCUGCAGGCGCUUGCUGCAGCUGCUCCUGCUGAUCUCCGCUGCGGCGACAACCAGUGCAGCAGCAGCAGCAGCCAUGUAUUCAUCAGGCCAUGGCGACGACGAGAGAGCUCUUGUGGCUUUCAAGGCCAAGAUCUCCGGCCACUCCGGCGUGCUGGACUCAUGGAACCAGAGCACCAGCUACUGCAGCUGGGAGGGAGUCAUCUGCGGCAGGAGGCACCCAUGGAGGGUGGUCGCUCUAGACCUCAGCUCCCAGGGGCUCGUCGGCACCAUCUCUCCUGCUGUCGGUAACCUCACUUUCCUGCACUCUCUGAACCUGAGCUCCAAUGGCCUGCAGGGAGAGAUCCCUCCCAGCAUCGGUUCCCUCAGGCGCCUCCGGCGCAUUGACCUGGGCUUUAACAUGCUCACUGGCGUCAUCCCAAGCAACAUUAGCCGUUGCAUCAGCCUCCGUGAGAUGCACAUCUACAGCAACAAGGGAGUGCAGGGAAUCAUCCCAGCUGAAAUUGGCAACAUGCCAUCGCUCUCAGUUCUAUCGCUGUCAAACAACAGCAUCACCGGAACUAUCCCGUCGUCUCUUGGCAACCUUUCCCGGUUGACCCACUUGUCUUUGGAAUUCAACUAUAUUGAGGGAUCAAUCCCUGCAGGCAUCGGGAACAAUCCGUAUCUCGGUUUCCUUCGCCUCUCCCGUAAUAAUCUUUCCGGUUUGCUCCCUCCUUCCCUGUUCAACCUGUCAUCUCUUUAUUACUUUUUUGCGGCAGUCAACCAGCUCCGUGGUCAUCUACCAUCUGACCUGGGGAAAAAUCUUCCAAGCGUCCAACAGCUUGAGAUUGGAGGAAACAGAUUUACUGGAGCUCUUCCACUGUCCCUAACCAACCUCUCCAGGCUCCAGAUUCUUGACUUGGUUAGUAAUAACUUUACUGGAGUUGUUCCUGCUGAAUUGGGCAGAUUGCAACAACUUGAAGUAUUUUCUCUGGAAGGUAACAUCUUAGAAACAAACAACGAGGAAGAGUGGGAAUUUAUUGAUUCUUUGGUGAAUUGUAGCAGAUUACAGAUACUGGACAUUGGAUUGAACAGAUUUUCAGGGAAGUUGCCAGGUCCAUUGGUUAAUCUGUCUACUAAUCUCCAGCGGCUGCAGAUUGCCAUCAACAACAUAUCCGGUGUCAUCCCAACAGAUAUUGGAAAUUUGGCAGGUCUUGAGAUUCUUGAUUUUGGCGAUAACUUGCUCACUGGGGUCAUUCCUGAAAGUACCGGGAAGCUUACACAAUUGCAGCUGUUAGGCCUCAAUUCAAACUACCUGUCUGGGAUCCAUUUUGAAAAAAAAAAUCGGCCCCAACCGAAAUGGACGAAAUUCGGGAAAAUUCGGUCCAAUUUCGGGCUCAAAUCGGCGGCAAUAGCCUGGAGGGGCCAAUUCCACCAAGCAUUGGAAACUUGA